AUGAACUGCGGACAAACUAAAGGGGAUUUGCACAACUGCUUAGAAGAUCAAAUCUUUUGUUGCAAUUGCAAGAAUAACAAUCAUAAGUCCACUUCUAGAGAUUGUCCAACCUUUCAAAAACAAAAAAGCAUCAAAAACAUAAUGGCCACAUUCAACAUGUCAUUCGUAGAGGCAGAAAACUACGCCAUUUCAUCAUAUUCUUCAGCUGUGAAUACAGCAAAUACUUACCAGAUCCUUAGUAACCUCAGCGACGAAAACUUUCCAAGCCUACCCAAACAAGAUAAUACGAACCCCUCCACCUCACGACCAAAUAAUCUGAAUCACAGUAAACAGAGUAAAAGGAGCACUCAUAUAUCCUUUUCACAACCCUCUCACUCUAAUUACGAACCAAUCAACAUCACUCAUAAUAAAAAACGAAAAGCAAUCUCACCCCCAGCCGCAGGUACUCAACAUCCACCCAUGUUCAGUUUUUCAUCUGGUCCACAGACGCCUCUACCUCCCAACCCCCUUCCCCCUCAAUACCAUAACAUAGAUAGAAAUAGUGAAAUCAUUAUCGACACAGUAUUCCUUUUAUUUGAAAAUAUCGUCAAAAAAAUUACAAAUGUUAAAGAUCUGAAGAGUAUUAACAACGAUGAGCUCAGAACAGAAAUACUUUCGAUUUUAGAAAAUGCUCAUAUCAAUGGCUAA